AAUAAAUAAACGAUAAACGAACACCACUAAUAUUUGAGGAGGAGUGGAGAUGCUUGUCGCGGCAACAAUACCCAGUUAUCAGCACCGUAUAUACGCUGCUUCAUUCUCCGCCAUCGCCAAGGCCAAGAAAGUCACGAUGGCCAGCACCAGCAAUUCAGGGGCAUUCACCACAAUCCAAGAACGAGUCUCCUUCGAGAAAGAGAUCAAGAAGAGCAAGUUCAUCGCCAUUGCUGGCCCCAUCUUCGAUGACAAAUCCGCCAUGUCUUUCCUUUCCCAGGUCCGGGAUCCACGCGCUACUCACAAUUGCUGGGCUUAUAAGGUGGGAGAUCAAUACCGGUCCAAUGAUGAUGGUGAACCAUCAGGUACGGCUGGGAAACCAAUAUAUUCUGCUAUUGCUUCUUCAGGAAUAGAUAGAGUAAUGGUGGUUGUAAUCAGGCAUUUUGGAGGUAUCAAAUUGGGAACAGGGGGCUUGGUCAGGGCUUAUGGAGGAGUUGCAUCAGAAUGCCUGAGGAAUGCUCCGACUUGCCUUGUCAAAACAAAGGUACCAAUGGGUGUAGAAGUCCCCUUUAACCUUCUUGGAGUUCUCUACCAUCAGCUGCAGUCUUUUCAUGUCGAAGACAUCAAACAGGAUUACGAUACGGGCAAAGAUGGCAUAUCUAUGGUUACUUUUAGAGUUGAGUUUGACCAAGCUGAGAAAUUGGAGGAUGCACUGAAAGCCAAUGUUAGCCGAGAAUUGAAGUUUUAUAAUCGUUGAGAGUUGAGAUGCAAUUUGGAUUAUAGUUUUCGGAUAAAAAAUAUUCUAAGGCAUGGUAGAUACAGCUUCAUCUUGAGAUGUGGCGAAUGAAACUUGUACAGGCUCAAUAAAUAAGAUUUUGCACAACAUUUGUUCUGCUGAUAGGACUAAUUUCCAGAUAUCAAACCUAACUGGUUAAAAGACUGGUUUGAAAAGUACUUGUGAUUUAGAAAAUCUGUUAUACUUUGUAAAUUCAGUAGAAAUUCUUACAAAUCGUUAUCUUUAUAGAUAAUACAUUUGUUUUGCACUGU